AUGUGCUGCUUUUUUGUUUUGUUGUUUUUUGCUGCUCAGGAAUUGCUGCGACGGAGAGACGCGCGUCUAAUGGCCUUCGUGCGGCAGCAGUUGAUGCUGCCGGAUUCUGCUGCAGCAGAAAACACUCUUGCUGCUGCUGCUGCUGCUGCAAAAAGAGGCUCGCAGAUGCAACGCGAAAAGGAAACCUCCUUGGGAUCGCCAAACGUUGUGCUGCUGACGGAGCGGCAGCGAAAAAUGCUGCUGCAGCGCAGCAGCGCCAGCAGCAGCAGCAGCAGCAGCAGCAGCGACGUGCGGCCACAAGAGCAGCAGCAAGGGGAAUUCCGCAGCGGGGAAAGAAUAGCUCGGGGCUGCGGCGAUGCUGCUGAGCUGUCGCUGCCGGCACUGCAGCAGGAACAGCAGCAAGGGAACUGCUUUAGUGAGACUCCGCUGCUGCUUUCGCACCGCAGCGCAGCAGCAGCAGCAGCUGCUACUGCUGCUGCUGUGUCUGCGCUGCCUCCGCCCCCAGAAUUCCCCCGCAGCUCAGCGCCGGUUCCUCUUCUUCCACUUCAGAAGCAGCAGCUGCUGCUGCAGCGGGACGACAGGGGCCACACGGGGGAGGGUUCCACCGCAGCAGCAGCAGCAACUGCAGCAGCAGCUGCACCAGCAGCUGCAGCAGGGGGUCUGGAGUCACCCAGAGUGAUCAUUAGUGCUGUCACUACACCGCGAGACAUCAUCCGCUCUCUUCCGCAGACCCCCAUAGCUUCUGCAAGAGCUUCAAGAGGUGCUGCUGCUGCUGCUGCUGCUGCUGCUGCUGCUCCUAGUGGGGAAACCGGCUUGCGGCUCGAGGCUGUUACCGAGUGCGUUAACCGCGUAAGGGAGGCCCUGAGCCUGGAGAGCAAAAUAUCAAAGCUGCUCAUUCACUCCGAACGCAGCAGCAGCAGCAGCAACAGCAGCAGCAGCAGCAGCUGCAGCGCGAGCAACAGCUACAGACCCAGCAGCGCCAGCAUUGCCCGCGGCAGCAGCACCAACUUGCGAGAGCUGCAGCGGCCAGCAGCAAAUUCGCAGCAAGUGACCCCAAGGAUUUUCAGGCAGCAGCAAACUCCCCGCCUGCUGCAGCAGAGCGGCAGCAGCAGCAGCAGCAGCGGAUGCCACACUCCACGCAGCACUUUUCGCUUUUGA